AAUCAAAAAUCAAAUAUAAUAAAAAAAAAGCAAACAGGAGGAACCCAAGGAACACGGAACACGACGGCAGAAGAACACCGAGGAUCAACGGAUCAGCUAAUGGCAAGAGCGAAAUAAGUUUCGUGUUGUAAGAAAAGGGAUCUGCCGAGCUGCAGUCACAGAACGCCAUGCGCCAUGUCAAAACUUCGGCAUUACAGGUCCAUGGAUCAGCCCUGCAGCAGCGUCGUCAUACGCAAAAAGAACCUGACAUCCGUAUGCUUCGUCUGCAACCUGCCCAUCAUGUCGCACCAGGUCGGCCUGGUGUGGCAAGGCGGCAACGGCUGGGACGACUUGGUGCGCGAACAGCUGGAAGAAUCGACGAUACGUCAACGUCUUGGCGGUCGUCGCGAUUCGGCGGCCCAAAUCACAACGCCGCCAAGUCAAUCGCCACCACCUGGCUUGCAGCGACGCCGCCGCAGCUCGUUGGCCCAAUUAACUGACAUUUUGCGCGAGUGGAGCGGCGGCACCAACAAGCAACAGCAGCAGCAAACGCAACAGCAGGCCGCACGCAACAAGGCCCAAUUGAAUCGACGCGAAACUCUCGCCGAUCUCGCUCGCAGUUUACCCUGGCGCACCUCAACCACCGAUGCCAGCACUGGAGCCGGCGGCAGCAACACCAACACCGGAAAUACCACAUAUGUUACUCCGCGGAAGCGUCGCGAAUCGAGCGCCGAUUCAGGGAUACGCAGCAUGCGAUCGCGACGCGAUUCCAACACCGCCGAGUUUGUCAAGCAUUGGAAUCGACGCGAGAGCACCACCGUUGAGGAGCAGCCAUCGUCGUCGGGUGGCGUCGGCGUCGUUGUGCCCGUUGUCAUCGAGUGCACCAAGAGUGCCUCGCGACGCGGCUCAGGCGAAAGCUACCUGUCGAGCAGCCGUCGCGACAGCAAUGUUGCCGGCCGCGUGACAACGCCGCCUCCACCACCCAAAUACCAAGUGACCAAGAAGCGUGACUCGCUCGCCGCACCGGAAUUUCCCAAUUUCCGGCAGGAGCAACGUCCAUCGACUAGCUCCGCCGGCUCCUGCUCCGACUCUGUGCCACUAAUCUCAACCAGCACUUAUCACCAUCAGCAGGUGGACUCCGCCUGUCAGGCCCUGCCGCCACCGACGAUCAUCACCAGCUCGGUGACGCCGCCAGCAACGAGUCCGACGGCGCCGAAGGGUCGCCGCGAUUCGACCACCCAAUGCGGUCGGGUCAAUCGACGCGACUCAAAGGCGGGCAUCAGUCCCGAGCGUGCGCCGCGCCUGCAGCGUUUGCAGCGUCAGGCGACGGCCUUCGAUGAGAGCUGUCUGCCCGGCGGCAGUCGACGCGGCUCGCAGCCCGCGUUGAGUCCCGAUCCGCCCGAGGAGGGCGAACGUCGGACGUCGCGACGUGACUCACUGUCGCCGGACAGCGCAUCGCGCGGAGGUCGCCGUGAUUCCCGUACGCAUCUCUCACCGGAUCGUUCCCAUGAACGCGACGGCAGUCCACGGCGUCAUACGCUGCGACGCCAGAGCAGCUCGGCGGCACGAUCGCCACGCUCACCGGACUCAAACAGUUGCUCGUCGUCACGGGAUCCCAGUCCGUGCUCCCGCCCGCCGCCGUUGACCACCGUCGAGCAGAAUCAACGGCCGGCGAUUAGGCGGCAAUCGACCACGGAGGAGAUUUUAAUCGCCCGCGGAUUUCGACGUCAAUCGACCACCGAGGAGAUGAUACGUUGUCGCAAUUUUCGACGCCAAAGCUCCCAGAGCGAUGAUGUCUGUCGCUAUCGUGGCAGACGUGACUCUUCAGCGCAGAUUAUUGACGGAACCAUCGGCACCAUGACCGUGGAAACAACCAGCACUUUCUUUGACUCCAGUACUCAGACCGAACCUUCGCCACUGUACGAUAACAAUCACUAUCAUGAGGAAUGUCUGCGCUGCAAUUCGUGUGGUCUCAAUUUGACUGGUCCAAACCAGAAACGCGCCCGAAGGUUCAAGAAUCAAAUACUGUGCGAUCUGCACUUUGCCGACGUGGCCCUAAUGGAGUGCUCCGAUUUUAUGCAACAGCUGCGCAGCUUCAAGCCACAAUCGCUGGGCUGUGCGGUUGCCAGGCGCAAAAGCUCAACGACAUUAAUAUUUCCACUGCCGCCGCAAGCUUGUUCAGAUGAAUUCUGUGAGGAGUAUCCGCACAAUUUGAUGCCCACACCCGGCUAUUGGAUAGAAUGUUCGAGGCAAAAGAUAACGCUGCCCACACCGCAUACGAUCUGGGAUGAAAGCGAUUCGGAGCAUGAGGAUAUACGGGCUGGGAGUGCCAGUGAUGCGUAUUUGGAGCGCGAAUGCAGUGAUCUGUAUGAGGACGAUGAAGACUCGGAGGCAACGCCAAGUCCGAGAAAGAAAACGACCAUCGAGGAGCAAUGGGAUCAGCAGGGGGCAUUCGAAUUGAUCUCUGUGGAGCAGGAGACGUAUGAGAAGUAUUUCUAUGGCACCGAACAUUGGAAUUACUUUACGAGUGAUGAGGAUCUCGGUCCCGUCAUACUAUCCAUCAAACAGGAGACGCUCAAUGGACGCGAUCAGUUUCGCAUUCUGGUGCGAGCUGGUUCCUAUACGGUCCAUGGACUGAUACCGGCCUCCUGUGUCUUUGCUGACAGAUACAAUCGCGAGGAGGUAGUUAGAUCUUUAGGUAAAGAAGUUAAUUUAAAUCCACCUUUAACAUUAGGACAAUUACCCGAUACGCCAGAAGAAUUACUAAAAUUAGAUCAGGUUUUUAUUAAAUCCGAAUUAAAAGUUGGCGUCAUUUUCGUCAAAGAGGAUCAAUAUUCGGAAGAGCAAAUUCUGGACAAUAAUGAAAAUUCACCGCUCUUCGAUGAGUUCCUCACGCUGCUCGGCGAUCGUGUUCGACUCCGUGGCUUUGAUAAAUACAAAGGUGGCCUUGAUACGGUGCAUGACCUAACAGGUCUAUUCUCCGUUUAUACCAACUGGCGCAACAUCGAGAUCAUGUUCCAUGUGUCCACUCUGCUGCCAUACGAGAAACACGAUCCACAGAAAUUGCAACGCAAGCGACACAUUGGCAAUGACAUCGUUUGCGUAGUGUUCCUCGAGGCGGACAACACCCGCUUCAGUCCCGCCUGCAUCAAAAGUCACUUUCUGCACACCUUCAUAUUGGUGCGUGUCUCGGCGCGAAUCAAACACAAGCCCACACGCUACGAGGUGUCUGUGGUGACACGUGACGAGGUGGGCGCCUACAAGCCCUACCUCUGGGAGCAGUCGGUGUUCGAGAAGGGUCCCAUGUUUCGUGAAUGGCUGUUGACGAAGAUUGUGAAUGGAGAGCGUGCCUCGUAUUCGGCGCCGAAGUUCGCCAGGAUGCAGGAGCGAACGCGCUCCCAGAUGUUGGAGGAUCUGGUGAUGAAUCUAUCGAAUCAUGCGGAGACUGGACAGAUACCGAAGCCCUAUAGACGCGGUUCCUGGCGGCCCAUUGGUGAGGAUGAAUAUUUCAAAAUGUUGCAUGCCAGAGUCUUAGACAACAAUCGACUGCAAGAACAGCAGCAACACCUACAACAACAACAACAACAACACGAUGAACAAUCAGAACAACAAUUACAAUUACACUACAACAACACUUGCUGCUAUUGCAAUUGCAAUGUCAAUGCCAAAGCGAGCGACAAUCAGUCGACGACACACAAUACACAACUGCAACAACUGCAACAACAACAACAACAACGAUUGUCGUCAGCAACAACAACAACAACAACAAUGGCAACAACAAGCAUAACAGCAACGAGCACGUUGUUUGGCCACGAUUUGUGCUGUGCAACUGUGAUGCAUCUCUGUCUGCGACAUAGCCACAUGAGACCAUCGUCGCCGCUGCUGGACUCGGUGCGAGAUCAAUUUGAAGACUACGAUCAGCUAGCCAAAGACUUUACGCGUGUAUUUCUAAAUGAUGAACCAUCGUGCCUCACAAAUGCCCAUCUCUUCGAUGUGGUCUUUCUGGUGGGUCAGUCCAAGCAGAAGGCACGCCUCAUUGGUGUGCGUGCCAUCUUGGGAGUACGCAGUCGCGUUUUUCAGGAAAUGCUGUAUGGCAUACAGACUGGCUUUGGCUCACCGCAAAUUCCGGUCGCUGAGAUCUUUGCACGUCCGGCGCCGUCGCUCGUCUCGCCGCAGAACCAAAAGCCGAAGAGCAACAACUAUUUGACCGUACCGGACUCGGAUUCGAUUCGACCGAAGAGCGUGCCAUCGUCGCCGAUGGUGAAGCGAGCAUUCUCGAGGCUGGGGACGAUAACCGCUGGCUGGGGGCGAUCGAUAAGGAAUAAGAAUUCGAAUCAAUUGAAUCCGGAUGAUAAAAAGAAAUGGAUAUCGUCGACGGAUUGUUCGAACAGAGAUAGUAAAGACAAGGACAAGGACAAGCCGGGCAACAAUCAGUUGGCGGUGCCGCGUCUCUCCGUCUGCGCCGAUGCCCAGAAAGUGGACCGCGCUAAGCUCGCCCAGACCGAGUUCAACAUCAUCGAGUUCGACCCGGACACAUUUCGAGUGCUGCUCGACUAUCUACACACUGGCACUUGCCCUUUGACCUGUGUCUCCAUACCAGGUCUACUGUGCGCGGCGGAGCAUUACGAUCUGCCGGAGCUGCUGCAGGCGUGCUUCCAUCACUGCAAGCAAUUUUUGAGGAUCGAAGUCGUCUGUCCAAUGCUGAUUUCGCUGGAGAAUUACUACUGGCGCUACACAUCCGCUUCCGAGUUGGUCAACAUGAUACUAUCGUUCGUUGAGAGCAAGGCGCAUUCGCUGUUCAAAUGCCCCGAAUUUUUGAAUCUGUCCGAGUCGAUGGUGCAGAUGAUCAUGUGCCGGGAAUUGCAGACACCGGAGAUCCGUAAAUUUGAGGCAAUGCUGGCGUGGGCACAGAACAAGGUGGGAAAGCUAAAGAAUCAUCCCAAUAAGGAUACACAAUUUGAAUUUGAGUGCAUCAUGGAGCGUUUGACGCGGGAUUUGAAUCUAUGCCGCAUUUCGCCCAGCGAACUGCUCACCGUUGUUCUGCCCUCGAAGUCGAUGAAGAACGAACGGAUCAUGGAGACGCUCAUGGUGCAGGUGAAUUUAGGCACCUAUCGCAUGCCCGAGCUGGAUGCGUAUCGUCAGCAGUUGCGACAGCAGGAGUCCGCCGAGGCCACCGUGCAAGUCCAUCGGGGUGGAUGAGACAGUAAGAAUGUGAGUUUCGAUUUGGAUCAGCCGCAACAGCAGCAGCAACCACAGCAGCAGCAGCAAUCACAGCAACAUCAGCAACAUCAGCAGCAGCAGCAACAACAACAGUUGGCGCUCAAUUUGAGUGACAACAACACAACAACUGGAACAACAACAAUAACAACACCGGACUACAACAACACUGGACUGUUAACACCAAACCAAACUGGCGCCAUUGGCGGCAUUGGCAUUAACAUUGGCACCGGCAGCUGUGCCAUCCAAAUGGAUGCACGCGCCUAUGCCAUGGCCUCCGUUGCCGUUGCACUUGAGCAUCAACAGCAGCAACAGCAACAGCAGCAGCAGCAGCAACUGCAACAGCUGCAACAACAGCAGCUGCAACAGCUGCAGCUGCAACACAAUACACCACGCGAUGCCACCGACGAUGAGGUCGAGCUGUAUGCCAGCUUUGAUAUGGCGCCCAGCACCAGCCGUGUGGCAGCCCAAAUGCAGGCUGCCAAGGAGGCGAGACGCAAGCGUUGGGCCGCCGAUGGCGCCAGCCAAGGCAGCAGCGAUGGCGGCGGCUGUGCCAGCCAAGGCAGCCAAGGUAGCGGAAGACGUUACUAAACAACAACAACACCACAACAACAACAACAACAUGAAAGCAUCAACACACACACACACACACAACUUGAACUGAACUUCUACAGAGCAAUACUCAACCAGACUUUCAACAACACUUGCCAAAGACUAAUUCGAUAAUUCGAAAAUUCAAAAAACAAAAAAAAAAGGAUGACAAAAAAUACCCUUGCAGUUAGUAGUUGAUGUGAGUUUGUUGUUGUUUUUUUUUUGUUUUUAGCAACUUUAGUAAUUAAGUACUUAAUCAUGAGCAUAUAAAAAGCAUUCUCGUUCUUUCAUUUCACACGACUUAAGCGCUGUUCCCAGUUGAACGAAUUAAAUGAGCUGAGAAU